AUGAUCGAGUACGAUAUUUCGACGACUAUCGUCAAUGCUGAUGCGAGCAAAGAAGUCAAUGGCCUAGGUGGAGGAUCAGUGCCAAAAGCAAAUCAAAUUGCUAAUGAUUUGGAAAGAAUGGAAUAUCCAACAACGUUUACUAUUUCCGAAUGUCCAGCCGGCAAUAGGUUUAUGAAUCAAUUAAUGGCUGUUACAGGACAACGCUAUAAUAUGGUGAUGAACGAUAUAGGUACAGGCACUGGUCGCGAUUAUAUGCUUCUCGGUUAUAGAGCUGAUUGCUUUACUGAAAACAGGAGAUACGAUGAUGUGGCUACACUGCGAACAGCAAAAUGCAUUCCCAUACGACUACACAAUCUCGCAACCAAUGAAGAUCUUCUCUAUGUGUCACUCCAUCACAGUCGAUCGAACCGACAGCAAAGAGAAGAGCAAAGAGCGCUAGCCGCUUUUGUUGAAAGAGAAGAAUCAUCACCCGAUGGAUUCGAUAUGGUUAUCAUUGGCGGAGAUACAAAUGCACCUCCAAAUGUUAUACGCAGGUGGCAACCAGCAAAUACUUCCAUCUUAAUUGAAGAAAGAAAAUCACCCGUUAGGUUUAUUUCAAAUAUAACAAUAGCAGUAGAGCUGGCAGUUUUCCUGUCGAUCAAUAGAAUUGAUGAAAUUUAUGAAUAG